AUGUUCAGCCCGGACGGGGGGCUGCCGGCCGCCCCCUUCGGCCUCCUGACCGACGGCGGCCCACCCUUCCCCCGUGCCAGCUUCGACGGGGCGCCCGCACAGCCGCUCUUCUUCCCCUUCUCCGCUGCCGCCGAGCCCGAGCCUGCCCGCGACCUGCCACCGGCCCGCGCCUGGCUGCCCCCGCCCGCCCCCGCGCCUCCUGCUAAGGCCGAGGCGCGCCCGAGUCGGUCCUGCAGCCAGCCCGAGCCCGAGCCCCGCACGGCCGCCUGCUGCGGCCCGGCCUGGCCGCCCCCGCCCUGGGCCAGCCCCGCGCCCCCGGCCGCCGCCCUGCCCGGGCCGCCCUUCCCCGGCCCGGCCGCCCCUGCCUUCCCCGGGGCUCAGCUGUGCCCCGCCGCGCUGCAGCCGGGCGCCGGCGGCCCCUCGGGACUGGGCAGCAGCGGCAGCUCCAGCGGCGCCGCCAGUGAGGGCGGACACUCGAGCGACAGCGGCGAGGAGGAUGCACCAACCUCUGGAGAGCUGGAGCAGUUCGCCAAGGACCUCAAGCACAAACGCAUCAUGCUGGGCUUCACCCAGGCUGACGUGGGGCUGGCCUUGGGCACACUCUACGGGAAGAUGUUCAGCCAGACGACCAUCUGCCGCUUCGAAGCGCUCCAGCUCAGCUUCAAGAACAUGUGCAAGCUGAAACCGCUGUUGCAGCGCUGGCUCAACGAGGCGGAGAACACGGACAACAUGCAAGAGAUGUGCAAUGCGGAGCAAGUACUGGCCCAAGCCCGGAAGAGAAAACGCAGGACCAGCAUUGAGACCAACGUGAAGGGGACACUGGAGAGCUUCUUCCGCAAGUGCGUGAAGCCCAACCCCCAGGAGAUCUCCCAGAUUGCUGAGGACCUCAACCUGGAUAAAGAUGUGGUCCGGGUCUGGUUCUGCAACCGGCGUCAGAAAGGCAAACGGCUGCUGCUGCCCUACGGCAACGAGGCAGAUGGGAUGAUGUACGACAUGAACCAGCCCCUGGUGCCCCCCACCCUGCCCAUCCCAGUGACGUCCCAGGGCUACAGCCUGGCACCCUCCCCUCCCAUCUACAUGCCGACCUUCCACAAAGCUGAGAUGUUCCCACAAGCGCUGCAGCCAGGGCUCUCCAUGAGCAACAGCGGCCACUGAACGGGGGGGCUGUGGGAUCACUGCAGGUGGUCUGGCAGCCCCCACUUUGCCCUGGGCUGGCACAGGCAAAGCCCUGCUUCCUCUUGUUGGGCUGCUGUGUGGGGUUUUUUGGGGUGCAAGGGGCUGGGAGCCUGUCGCAGGGGUGAUGCUCACUCUCUGCAGUUGCUUCCAGCCCUUCCCAGUUAUGAGAGCUUACUGGUCACAGCAGCAUUGGCCUCCCUCUGACCUCUCCUGUGGGCAGCUGCUCCUGCCCCACUGCACCCCCUGAAGCCACGUGCGCCCAGCCCAGCCCCAGCCCAACCGCUCUCUUGGAA